UUAACCUCUUGCUGUCCCCCUCAGAUCAUCCGCGUCUGCCUGCCUGCCUGCCUCAAAGUCGCACCUAUCCAUUACCCCCGGCCGGUAGCUAUCCGUCCGUCGUCGUCGCCGGCCCGUGCGCGCCCUUCUGUUCUACCCCCAUGGCCACCACCACGAGCUACGACAACGCCGACGUCCGGCACAGGGCCCUAGGCGUGCACGCCGCGUCCCGCAAGAUCGGCAAGCCGGCGCCGUCGUCUUCGCAGGCGCAGCAGCAGAACCGGAAGCCCGUCAUCAUCUACAUGGUGUCCCCCAAGGUGAUCCACGUGGAGGCCCACGAGUUCAUGUCGCUCGUGCAGCGGCUCACCGGCCCUGAGGUCGCCGGGGAGGACGGGCGGGAGAGGGCGUCGACCUCGUCUUCUUCCCCGAGGACCGCGACGGACAGGGCCGGGAGGGCGGCCCAGCCUGUGCGCGUCAAGGCCCGCGCCCUCAACCGGCCCGGCCCCGCGGUGUCCGUCUCGGUGACGGCCACGAGACAGCAGCAGCAGAACGUGCCGCCGUCGUGGGCGGGGCCGUCGCCGUCGCCAACGACGGGGUUCCUGUUCCACGACCUCAGCCCGCUCCGCGGCGGGGCGCUCAAGGGCGAGGCGCCCAUGGUCUCCCCGUGGCUGCACCAGACCAGCGACCAUUUCUUGAGCCCCGGCGGCGCGUCGGCUCUCUGCUCGCCGUCCGGCUUCCUCGACAUCUUCGGGCCGCUCUCAUCUCAGCAGCAAUGAUCGGGUCAACCCUCAGCCGACGGCGACAUGGUCAGAAGUCUUUACCAACUCAAUAUGCAUUAGGGUUUCUGCAUGAUGAACACGCAUGCUCGCUCGCUCGCCUCACACACGAGAUGAUCAAAUUGGCCCGGUGUUGUCUAGGCUGGUUCGGCAAGCUGUAAAUUAAUAGUAGUCUAGGUUCCUGCAGUAUUGAUUUUAUGUGUUUGAUUUUGAUUUUUUUUACCUUCUUUGCAUGCAGUUCUUGCUGUACAUUAAUUGUAAUAACCGGUGCACCCAUGAGACAUGAAAUUGAUUUGUUUGUUGAUU